AUGAGUACGGAUGAAAAGGAAGAGAGGAAACGAUUUUUUAGGGACGAGCUUGAGUCGUCGCAAGAAAGUCUGCCCAAGUUCAAUCAGGUACUGGAGGAUAAUAAGUCCUUCCUCUUCUCAAACGGCGAAGCUGAAGAGGCUACCGCAAACGGAGUCAGCGAACAUGUAGAAUCAAGAGAUGGGAACGACGAUAAUGUAGUUUCACAGAACGUCAGCAAGCUGAGAAACAUAGUACCAGACAUUUCGCUUGAGAUGGCGAUUGGUCUAUGUAAGCAAUACGCUCAUUCUGGAGAUGUAAUUUCAAGCGCUAUCGGUCACUAUUUUGAGGAGGCAUCGAAAGCAGGGAACUUGUCAAGCCCUUCAAGGAAAUCUCUUCCCGAGUCUUUGACAACUCCAAUAUUCGAAAUAUCACAACAAUCAGUGUCUCCUGAGCCUGCUGAGAAGAACACCAGGUAUCCUUCGCCGAAGAGGCUGAAGCCUUCAGUAAGCUGGAAAAGAUUCAUUGGAUCACUGCAAAUGAACGUUAUGGCGACCAGACCAACGUUGAAGCCCCUCAAGUAUGGAUCAGAGCUGAGUAUAGCGAAGCCAGCCGGAGAAGUGAAGUUAUCAAAGCUGUACGACGCAUCUGGUCACAAAAAGUCAGCUUUUGCAGCUUACGUCAAAGUUUUUGAUGCUCAGCAUAACCGUGAGCUUGGUAGGAUACCAGAGAAUAUUGCGCAAAUCCUUUAUCCACUUAUGAAUAUUGAUGAUUUUUUCUUCGAGGCAACGAUGGUGUUUUGUGACAACAAGAGACUAAGCAUAGGUGAUAGUUUUAUUGUACAGCUUGAUUGCUUUAUCACAUCAGCACUUUUUAACCCAACCACAUCGUCAUUUCACAAUACUUCCUUUGCUAAAAACUCGCGAGCGCGAACAUGGGAGGGCAGUCAGACGAUCGUCGAAACACAGGAGGAGUUAGAGCAUAGAUCUAGACGUACAAGUUUGUUGGCUUUGUUUGACAGAUUGCGCAUAGCACCUUACACUGAGGAGAAAGAAAGAGGAGUCGGAGAGACGGAGAUUAUUGAUCUGGAGAGUGAAGGAAGCUGGUCGGAAGCUAGAAAGGAUGGAACCAUAAAGCAAGGUCAGGAAACAAAUCACCAAGAUGAGACUCUAAACUUAAAUCAGCUUAAGCUAUUUUAUAAUGCCACGCAAUCAGUUGAAGCACUCGAGAAGCUACCUGAAUAUGAGCCCUCCAACGAUGUGUUCAAGCUGAAUCUGAGACGCUACCAGAAGCAGGGUCUAGCAUGGAUGCUGAAAAGAGAGCAUGCCUACGAUAAACUUUCAGCAUCAAGUGAAGUCGAAGGCGUUAACGAAAACACCAUGAACCCUCUAUGGAAGCAGUUUGAGUGGCCAAGAGAUAUGUCCUGGGCGGCUCAACGAUCAAAAAAGAGCCAAGAACGAGAGUUUAGUAGUAAUGAACGUUUCUUCUAUGCAAACUUGCAUACCGGCGAGUUCUCAAUGGACAGGCCAGUGCUCAAGACCAUGACAAAAGGUGGAAUCCUCUCAGAUGAGAUGGGUUUGGGUAAAACAAUUUCUGCUUUAUCUUUGAUUCUCUCAGCUCCCUUCGAUGCAAAAUAUUUGGCCAACAAGAGCGGUAUGUUCGAAGAGGCAAGCCGGGAUUCCUCUCGGAAGCCAUAUGCAGCCAAAACGACCCUCAUUGUCGUUCCAAUGUCCCUUCUGACCCAAUGGGGUUCGGAAUUUGAGAGAGCGAAUAAUGCGGCAGAUUUUUAUUGCGAGGUAUACUACGGAGGUAACGUUAGCAGUUUAAAAACCCUGCUAACAAAAACAAAGAAUCCUCCAACGGUGGUAUUAACAACUUAUGGGAUCGUCCAGAGUGAAUGGAGUAAAAUUGGUAAAGGAAAGAGCUUGCACCAGAAUGAAGGCACAUCUGGUCUUUUCUCAAUAGAUUUUUACCGUAUUAUUAUUGAUGAGGGCCAUACCAUUAGAAAUAGGAUGACAGCCACAUCGAAAGCAGUACUACAGUUAUCCAGCAAAUGCCGGUGGGUUUUAACAGGAACUCCUAUUAUCAACAGAUUAGAUGAUUUAUACAGCUUAGUCAAAUUUCUGCGACUGGAGCCUUGGUCGCAAAUCGGAUACUGGAAGCUGUUCGUAUCGGAGCCGUUCGAGAGAAAACAGUUCAAACAGGCAUUUGACUUGGUCAACGCAAUCUUAGGACCUGUGUCCCUGAGAAGAACGAAGGAGAUGAGAGAUGCAGACGGAAAAAAACUGGUUGAACUGCCACCUAAGGAAGUUAUCGUGGAGAAAAUUCAAUUCAAUACGUCACAAGAGAAAAUAUACAAGUACUUUUUGGACAAGGCAGAGAACUCAGUUAAAACAGGACUUGCUCAUGGGGACCUGCUCAAAAAGUAUUCCACUAUAUUGGUUCACAUAUUAAGGCUAAGGCAGAUUUGCUGCGACGCAGCAUUAUUAGGAUCUCAAGAUGAAAACGAUGAGGAUUUAAGAGACGGUGCACAACAGUUUAAUGAAUCAGUUAAUGUAGAAAGCAUUUUAGGAAACUCAGAGGACAGCUCCCAGCCUAAAGACGACGGAGACAUUAGUGACGUUAUCACUCAAGUAGCUGAAAAGUACAGGUCGAAAGACAGCUUCGAAAGCCUUGAGUGUUCAAUCUGCACUACAGAAUCGAUCAAUUUAAAAUCGGCUGUGUUCUUAGAGUGCGGUCAUGCCUUUUGUCAGCCUUGUAUUGAGGACUAUUUGGAUUUUCAGAAACAGAAGAAAUUGGAGAUGAGGUGUCCCAAUUGCAGGGAACUAUUCAGGACUAAGUUUCUGUUGACUCUAUGUCAGGACAGUGAGGGCAACUUCACUUUUGUACCUUACAAUGAAAGCUCAAAGCCUGCUAAAAUUCUGGCAUUACUCAAGCAUUUAAAAUUAUUACAGGACACAGCCGCCGGCGAGCAAGUUGUUGUUUUCUCGCAGUUUUCGUCUUACCUGGAUAUACUUGAACGUGAGCUCUCAAACGCUUUUCCUCCGAACGUGGCCAAGAUUUACAAGUUUGACGGUAGGCUGAACCUAAAGGAGAGAUCCAGUGUACUCCAGGAAUUCUCAGUCAAAGAUCUCAGUCGGCAGAAAAUUCUCCUGCUGUCUCUGAAGGCGGGCGGAGUUGGUUUAAACUUGACAUGCGCAUCCCAUGCUUUCAUGAUGGAUCCUUGGUGGUCGCCCAGCAUGGAGGACCAGGCUAUCGAUAGAAUACACAGAAUCGGGCAGACGAAUAACGUCAAGGUAAUACGGCUUAUUAUGGAAAACAGUAUAGAGGAGAAAAUGCUUCACAUUCAGGAACGCAAGAGAACUAUCGGAGAAGCAGUGGACGCUGAUGAAGAUGAGCGGAGGAAAAGAAGAAUCGAAGAAAUUAAGAUGCUCUUUGAAUGA